UCUUAGUACUCAGACGUAUUGGAUCUUUGUUGUGAUUUUAAAAAAUAGAGUUUGUUUUGUUUAGGAUUUUACUACAAACAGUUAUUAAGUAAAUGAGUAUCCUUAAUAUUAAUGCAAAAUACACUUCUAUUGUUUAGUGUUAUCAAACUGGUGAAAUAAAAACCUUAACGUUGAUAGGAUUUAGAAGUCUUAAGUAAUAUAUCCUCGUUUAUUUUGAAGUCAUCCUUUACAUGUGCAAAUCCUAUGGCGUCAUUAUCGCUUCCAAGGGUACUUCAAUUGAAGAAAAACAGUUUGGAUGCAGAACGCGAACACUUUGAAAAGUAUCAGGUAACUGUCAUUGGCAUUGAUUUUCUGCUGACGUUUAAAAAUAUCAGCGUGGCACAGUUAACUAAUGCAUGCUGACUGUACACUAACAGACUAUGGCGACCCCCGCUGAUAAGCGUUUUCAUCAGCUGACAUUGGCUAUACAGAAAGCGAUAAAUUCUAUAGAGACGCCGGUGAAAGAGAAACAUGUGCGGAGCGCGAUCAUUGGUACCUUUCAGGAGCAGAGUGCCAUCACAUACUGGAUGGUGGCGAUCCGUCAGCCGCUUCAAGACAACCGCAUCGUGUCGUGGAAGUUCUGUCACGUGACACAUAAGCUGCUACGCGAAGGUCAUCCAGCCUGUCUAGAUGACUCUCAACGGCAUAUUAAUAUGAUUGAGAACUUGGGCAAGCUAUGGAUGCACCUUCGCGAGGGUUAUGGAAAGCUGAUACAUCUGUACUGUAUUCUGUUGAUUAGUAAACUGAAGUUCCACGCACGCAACCCUCGUUUCCCCGGUAACAUGCAGCUCACUGCUGAAGAGUUGGAUGCGAUUGCCGAAAAUGAUGUUAAUAAUUAUUUUCAGCUUUGCGUCGAAUUGUUCGACUACAUGGAUGACAUACUUAAUUUACAAGCAGCAGUAUUCGAUAGUUUGGGGAACGCGCGCGCUAAUUCGAUGACAGCGAGCGGACAGUGUCGCUUGGCAGCGCUUAUCCCAUGUGCGCAGGAUUCGUCACAAAUAUACGAUUGUAAUGUGCGGCUACUGUUCAGACUACACGCGUCGCUACCAGCGGAUACACUAACUGGACAUAGGGAGAGAUUCCGGCAACAGUUUAAAAAGUUAAGCUCCUUCUACAAACACGCGAGCAGUCUUCAGUACUAUAGGAAUCUACUCACACUACCAGUGCUGCCUUCUAACCCACCUAACUUCCUACUACAGAGUGACUUCGGCACGUACGUGGCCCCCGUGGUGUCGAUACCGGAACCACCACCAGAUGAAGUUGACGCUGUUGGCUCAUUGAUUGACACCACCGAGACAUUCAGUCAGGUACCGACACCUGAACGCCAUGAAUCCUUGGAGACCCAUUCGAGAGCCUCACCGUCUCCUGUGCCUGACCCUCUCAUAGAAAGAGAUCGACUCAUAGAUCAUUUGCAGAAUGAACUCAAGAGGAUGCGGACAGAAUUAUCGCAAAUAGUCCAAGAGCGCAACACCAUGUUGGGUUCGAUGCGGGAACAUUGCGCGCGGAUGGAGACGCAGUUGCGAGCUGCUAGGCACGAGCUUGAUGAAGAAAAACAAAAAGCAGACCUGUUAGCAGUUGAAACGCCACAAAUUCAAAAAAAGUUGAUUGAAACCGAGGAGAAGGCUAAGGUGUCAGAUGAAAAAUUUCAAAAGUUGAAAGGUGCUUACACGCAACUACGUGAGGAACAUAUUGCGCUUAUAAGACAGAAAGCAGAGGUGGACAAACUAACAGCCAGCUUACGGGCGGCGGCGGCGCAGCAUGAAAGUGCAAAGACAAUACUGCAACAACAGUUAAACGACCAUAUGAAAGACGUAGAACUUCUUCAACAGAGUGCUUCUUCCAGCGAAGAGACAGAGGCGUAUAAAUCGGAAAUAGCAAAUAUCCGUAGUGAUUUAGAACAAUCUAGACAAAAAGAAGUUGAGCUGGAAACUCUGCGAGCGUCAAUGGAAGCGUUACAAAUAGAACACAAAACGGCAACAACCGAGCAAGAAGAAAAAAUAUCACUUAUUGCAAGUGAACUUAAAGAUGCCUCAGAAAACUUAGAGAAGCUGAGAAAAGAAAAAACUGAGAGUGAAACGGAGCUGGCCAAAGUAAAGGAAGAAUUACAGAGUAUGAGACUGAAGAGUGGAGAAGAUUAUAAGAAGGUGCUUCAGGAAAAGGAAGAUGCCUUAAAACAGAUUACGGAACUGACUAUAAAAUAUCAGCAGGAUAAAGAGGCUCAAACUCAGCACACUAACGCAUUGCAACAGGAACUCGACAACCUUAAGCAAAAACUAUCCAAUUCAGAAUUUACACUCCAGAAUGAAUUGCAUGAUCUUACUAUGUUAUUACAAACUAAAAAUAAAGAAUUAGAAAUGAUGAAUGAAAAAGAUAUAGAACUAAAAAAUGCACUUGAAAAACUUAACAUAACAAACACAGAAUUGGAAAAUUGUAAAAAAGAAUACGCUAUAAACUUGGAAGAAAAAGAUGAACAAAUAUCAACUGUUACUAAUAAUUUAGACGCCAUUCAAAAAUUUAAUUCCGAAACCAUUAAUAAUCUACAAGAGCAUAUAAAGAAAUUAGAGCAAAAUCUUAAAGAAGAAGAGUCGUGUAAGAUAAUGCUACAGAAUUCAUUGACCGAGGAGCAGGCUGAAAUUUUGCAUCUUAGAUCUAAAGUUAAAGAAUUAGAAACUUCCAAAUUAGAAGAGAUUCAUCACCUUAGGGACCAAAUUAAUAUAGUGACAGCAAAAAAGGAUGAAGAAUUAAGUUCAUUAGUUGAGGAAAAAAUAAGGCUUCUUACUGAAAACGAAAAGCUGUUGAAUGAUUUAAACUCUGAGAAACAGUUAGUGGAAGCUAGGCUUAUGCAUACAGAAGAAGGCAGACUGAACGCAGAGUGUGAAUUACAGGAUUUGUUGCAACACAAUACAGUGCUUGAAGCCGACUUGGCUUCGUUAAAAAUCCAAUUGGAGGAGGCACAACGGGAGAUUAAGAAACAAAACGCUAAAAUCAUUAGUUGUGCCGGUGAGGCGGCGUUGGAAGUUACGAAUAGUGCUAUUUCGACCUUAGAACACUCGAACACGCAAGAUGCGAAUAAAUUUGCCGCCGAGCUCGCUUCUAAGGCGUUCGAAGAUCUUGCCAGGAAGUCACAAGUGGAAGGAAACGAGGAGUUAGUAGCGAAGUCCGCGAUAUACGCCGCACACAGCGCUUCGCAAUUGUCUGCGUACGCGGCUGAACUCUCCAAUAUCUCCACUGAUAUGGAAUUAGCAGACAAAUUGAACGGUGACUGUCGAAGCAUGCUAUCGGCCACAAAACAGUGUCUGGAAUCCCUAAAAUCUGGUGCUAUUGACCGCACUGCAUGCCUCGAAGCACGCACUAGCGUACAAACAUUGUCUCGUAGUGCGGCCACGGCAGAUAGAUUAUCGAGUGGCACUCGUAGUGUGGACGACGAAUUGGCUGAUAUGGAUCGGGCUAUAGAACAGGCGGCUUCACAGAUAGAGAACUUGCUUGCGGCAAGUAGAGCAGGUGAUUCCGGGGUACAGUUAGAAGUGAAUGGCAAAAUCCUGGACGCAUGUACCACUCUUAUGGGUGCUGUCAAAGUUCUAGUUCAGGAUUCUCGGGCCCUGCAAAGCGAGUUAGGAGAUCCAAAGACAAGACAGAAGAUGUACAGACGCAACCCUCAAUGGUCUGAGGGGCUGAUAUCUGCUGCUAAAUCUGUCGUAUUUGCUGCCAAAUUGCUUGUGUCAAGCGCCGAUGAGGCAGUGGCAUCAGCGGGCAAAGUGGAAGGCGUGAGCGCAGCGGCUCACGAAGUGGCAGGCAGCACGGCCCAACUGGUGGCCGCCUCACGCGCGAGGGCCCCUCCCGCGGCGCCUUCGCUCGCUCGACUGACGAGUGCGUCCAGAGCUGUUGCCAUGGCAACGGGCGCGGUCGUUGCCGCCGUACGAUCUGCGUCCGCGCUCGUUAGGGAUAAAGAGGCCCUUGACACAUCGGCUUUGACAUUGACAGCGACGCGACGACUGGAAAUGGAAAGCAAAGUGCGCGCGUUGGAACUUGAGAGUGCUUUGGACGCGGAAAGAGCAAAAUUAGCGGCGUUACGCAAGAGACAUUAUCAUCUUGCACAUUUGGAAGAGAAUGGAAACAUUGAAAACGGAAAGGAGUAGAUAUUUAAAAAGUGCGACACACUGCCAAAUUAUGUUUAAAAUGUAUUCAAGCAUUUUAUUAACAAAACAUUCUGGUUUUGCAUUUAAAUUAAAUGAAAGUAAAAAAUUGUAUAUGUGAAUGAAAUUGUGUGAUGUACUUUCGAACUAAUAUUAUCCAUGACGGAACUUGUAAUUUAGUAUUAGGGAUUUCAUAUUCAGUACAUUUUUAAUCUGAUAUUUUGAGUAUGAAAAAGCAAUGCUAAACAAUCUAGAAGUCAAUUGUAUCUUUAAAAACUUUACUCAAUUAAUUUCUAUGUGAAAUAUAUUUUCACAGAAUCCCCAGUUACAGAAAAUCAUAUAUUCAAGACUGGGAAACCUUUUUUUUAUUCAAGUCGGUUAAUUAACAUUUGACGUACCAGUUAUGGUUUGAUUAAGCUUUAAGUAUAGUACUAUAAUUGUGUUUACAUAUUUUUAGAAAUAUAAUUUGACUUAUACAAUACCAAGAGUGAUUUUGCAGUUAAGACCAUUUAUGUAUUUAUACCUAAUCUAUAUAACAACUGUAUGAAUUAAACUAUUUAAUAUCUA